UCGACCACGAGCAUUGACCCUGGAUUUUUAUCGUCGUAGAGCUUUUAUUUUGUAGAGCUAUAAUUUACCAUCAGGUUUGAUAGGAUUCAGACUUUCCGACCUGGUGCGCACUCUUCUCCCAGUUGUAUCGUCUCGGUGACGCUGCUCCGCUCACCUGAGGAGGCUCAGCGUCCCACAUGGAGAGCGACAGGAUGUUUCUCUAAUCAGGCUGUGGACGAGCUGAGCGCGGUGAUGAAGGAUCGACUGGCCGAGCUGACUGCUAGCCGGACAGCACCAGACGAGGAUGUGGCAGUCACGGUGGACAGAGACGGGUUCAUGGAGAGCUUCUUCAGGAGGGUUGAAGAAGUUCGAGGACUCAUUGACAAGAUCGCCUACCAGGUGGAGGAGGUGAGGAAGAUGCACAGCAUGAUCCUGUCUGCACCCAACCCUGAUGACAGAACAAAGGAUCAACUGGAUGCACUGACCAAUGAUAUCAAAGGGAACGCCAACGUGGUGCGAACAAAAUUAAAAUCCAUGGAGCAGAGUUUGCCAAAAGAUGAUUCAGCAAACAGAUCCUCUGUUGACUUCAGGAUCCAGAAAACACAGCACACAGUGCUGUCAAGGAAGUUUGUGGAGGUCAUGACCCAGUACAAUGAGACGCAAGUUUUCUUUCGGGAAAGAAGCAAAGGCAGGAUCCAGAGACAGCUGGAGAUAACUGGACGAUCGACCACUAUUGAGGAGCUGGAGUACAUGUUAGAAAGUGGAACUCCAUCCAUCUUUACAUCUGAUAUCAUUUCUGAUUCACAGAUCACACGUCAGGCUGUAAACGAGAUAGAGUCACGACACCAAGACAUCAUUCGUCUGGAGACGAGCAUCAGAGAGCUCCAUGCCAUGUUCAUGGACAUGGCAAUGCUGGUAGAAACUCAGGGGGAAAUGGUUGACAACAUUGAGAAGAACGUCUCCAACGCAGCCGAAUACAUUCUCCGUGCAAAGGAGGAGACCAAAAAGGCAGUGAGAUACCAGAAAAAAUCCCGGAGGAAAUGCAUCAUCCUUGCCUUUGCUCUGUUGAUCCUGCUUGCUGUCAUUGCACUAAUUGUUGGCCUGUCUGUUGGACUAACCAAACCUCCUGUGUGAGUCCUCUAAACGUCUCUGCCUGGCCACAUGUGGGGCUGCAGUUCUCCUCUUUUUACUCAUCAUUAUAGUCGGAGUCUUUGAGUGAUGGGUGUCAUGGUUUGCAGACUGUUAGCACUGUGGGCUGCUUCUGCAGUGAAGAGGCAGGAAACAGCUUAAUAAAAAUAUUAUCCAGCAGCAUAACAGAGAUGAUCUGGUAACAUCAGACCUCAUGAUACACUGUUCUGGAGCAGUUCUAUACAGGUAGAACAAAGGUUUUGCACCUCUCCCUUUGCCGUAGCUUUGAUAUGAUGAACACUGACAGCACAUCACAAUACACUGGUGUACAUUCUCUGUUGCUUCCAAUAUUCAUAUUGUGUAUCACCUUCAGACAUUUCUGUAUCUCAAGGAAUGGUUUUACAUGUUGGAGGAAUACUUUUAAUCGCCUCCUUGCAGAGAGAGGUAGAUGAGACUAGUGGUUUCAUGUCUAUAUGAAGCUACACCACCAGAAGCCUUAACAUUAGCUUCACAGACUGGAACAGAAAGCAGCUAGCCUUACUCUGUCCAAAUUGGAGCCCGGCCACAUAUAUAGGUAUGCUAACACAAAUCUGUCAAUAUGAGCCUUUCAAAGACAAAUUGAGGUAAACGUUUAUAUUUGCUGAAAUGAAAAGUAGAUUUUUUUACAGUAUAAAAAACAAUGCUGAAAAGAUGUGCACUUAUAUUUAGAUUUUCUGUAAAAGAAAAAAAUCUAUUAAAACAAACAAUCAGUUGGAUUUCUAUUUCAAUUUGGGGUUAUUUAUGAUAAAGUUCAUGGUUAAACCAUAAAUUGCAUGCCUCAUUUACAAUUAUUUGUCAUAAUGGUUUGAUCCAUCCACAAAAAUCCCUAUUGGCCAGGUCUAGUCCAAAGGUUACAGAAGACCUGACAUAUAAAGGUUUCAUGGGGGAUUAUCAUGUGCCAGACUAUUCCUUGUGUAUUUCAGAUGCAGUGACUUCCUGGACUCUUGUCCACAUUGUGAGGUUUGCUGUUUGGCAAGAAAACACGUAGCAGCUCCAGGAAGUCACUAGUGCCGGUACCAAGAUAUAUCACGUCAGAGGUGCCUUUUGGGUCAGUUUGUUUCCUGUGGGCAGAGGCAGGCUGUUUCAUUAAUGCUAAGCUUUCUGCUGCAGCUUGAUAUUUAGCAUUGUAUAGACAUUGGAGUGGUUUCAGUCUCGAAGAAUAUGUGUGCCUUACAAAAUGCUUUAACUAUAGCUCUGAGUCUCUAUUGUAUAAUCAUUAUGUUCUCCUGUUCUAUUGUAUAUUUACUGUAAUCCAUGGGAACUAAAUGAAAAGCUACUACAACAAGGAAUCUCGCUAGGAUUAAUCAAGUGGAAGUCAUCAAUUGAUUUAAUAGCUCUUACAAAGUGCCUCCUUGACAUUUAAUAUGGAACUUUAACUUAUUGAACUGUAUUUAUCAUGAUCAAUGUGUGUGAUGACUGAAAUACUAGUUGUGAAGAUGUCAUGCUGUAAAAUAGGACUCUUGAAUGAUAUUUCUAGAGCACGCGUUUUCAUUUUGAUACAUUCGAUUAUUUGUUCGUGUUUUUAGCUUAUAUCUUGUAUUUUAUACAUACGAAUUCAGUCAGGUGAAUAAAGAUAAUAAUAAAAAGGUCCCUGCAGAUUG